GUGAGCAGACAGUCAUACUUUAUAUGAUGUUUGAAUCAUAUCGCACAACUAUUGCUCUGCUGCAUAUAUUACUGAUCCUUACAUACAUUUGGCUAAGAUCUUUUUACAAAUUUUGGGAAAAAAAUGGCAUUCCAUUUAUCACACCAAGUUUUCUAGUUGGAAAUUUCAAAGAGAUGCUAACUCUUAAACGAUGUCCAGCUGAACAAUUUCAAGCGAUGUAUAUGCAUUCUGCAACAGCUAAUGAACCUCUUGUUGGUAUUCAUAUUUUUCAUAAGGCUGCUGUUCUUUUGAGGCAUCCUGAACUCGUCAAAAGAAUUUUAGUGAAAGAUUUCACCAAAUUUUCUGAUCGAUACUCAACUUCUGACCUAUAUGCUGAUUCACUUGGCUCAAAAAACCUCUUCUUCAUAAAAAAUCCAGCUUGGAAAGAGAUUCGUUCAAAAAUUUCUCCAGUUUUUACCAGUGGCAAAAUAAAGCAAAUGUUUCCACUGGUUGAAGAGAUCGGGCGCCAGUUAGAUAGCUAUCUGAAAUCACUUCCAGUUGAUUCAAAAACUCAAUCAACUUGUCAAGAACUAAAGGAAAUCUGCGCUCUUUACACAACCGAUGUAAUAGCUACAGUUGCUUAUGGUGUACAAGCAAAUAGUCUCAAAAAUCCCAAUGGAGAAUUCCGAAGUCAUGGACGGUUUAUAUUUGACUUUACUACCAAACGAGCAAUAGAGUUUGUAACUGUAUUUUUUCUACCCAGAUUGGUUCCAUUAUUUCGAUUUAAGGUUUUUCCAAAACACUCAGCAAAAUUUCUCCGUUCAACUAUUAACUAUGUAAUGAGGGUUCGUGAAGAAACCGGCAUGGCCCGAAACGAUCUAAUUGAUCUUCUCCUCGAAUUCGAACGUUCUGCUAAAGCUGAUCGUAGAAAAAGCCAAAUAGCUCUUGAAGGUGAUAUUUUAGUUGCUCAAGCUGCGCUAUUCUUUACCGCUGGAUUUGAGACCUCUUCGUCGGCAAUGUCGUUUGCUCUCUAUGAGCUUGCAAAAAGACCUGAUUUACAAACUCGACUUCGCAAUGAGAUUCGAGAUGCCCUCGAAGAAAAUGGCGGCGAAAUAAACUAUAGAAUGAUAACUAACUUGCAAUAUUUACACAUGAUUAUUCAAGAGGUGCUAAGAUUGUAUCCACCUUUGGGCUUUCUAGAUCGUGAGUGUACAGUACAAAUGGGAGAGGAAUAUUCAUUUGAUCCAUUUAGUAAUCUUAGUAUAACCAGGGGAAUGCCAAUUUAUAUACCAGUUUUUGGACUUCAAAGAGACCCCAAGUACUUUUCUUGUCCAAAUGAAUUUGACCCGGAGAGAUUUUCACCCGAAAAUAAACCAAAAAUUGUGCCUUUUACUUAUUUGCCCUUUGGAACUGGACCACACAGUUGUAUUGGUGAACGUUUUGCAAUGCUGCAAGCCAAAAUCGGGUUGGUUAAUUUUUUUCGAAAUCAUUAUGUAACCACAUGUGAGAGAUCAAUGCCAGUUAUGAAAUUGGAUCCGAAAGCUUUAAUAACACAACCAAUGGGUGGAAUAUAUUGUAAUAUUGUCAGGGAGCCACUUUUUAUUCAAUAG